GAGGCUGCAGCGGUCGUCGCCACUCUCCGAACUUCAUCAUGCCGCCCAAGGAUGACAAGAAGAAGAAAGAUGCCGGAAAGUCGGCCGAAAAAGACAAAGACCCAGUAAAUAAGUCCGGUGGCAAGGCCAAAAAGAAGAAGUGGUCCAAAGGCAAAGUUCGGGACAAGCUCAACAAUCUAGUCCUGUUUGACAAGGCUACAUACGACAAACUCUGUAAGGAAGUUCCCAACUAUAAACUUAUUACUCCAGCCGUGGUCUCUGAGAGACUGAAGAUUCGCGGUUCCUUGGCCAGGGCAGCUCUUCAGGAGCUCCUUAGUAAAGGGCUUAUCAAGCUGGUUUCAAAGCACAGAGCCCAAGUAAUUUACACCAGAAACACAAAGGGUGGAAAUGCCCCAGCUGCUGGUGAAGAUGCAUGAACAGGUUCAAUCAGCUGUACAUUUGGAAAAAUAAAACUUUAUUAA